UUGCCAUGGCAGCGGCGGACGCGGCCUACUCCUUUUCCUCUCGCUCCUCCCGGCGAUGGACGUUUACCGGCCGCGCUAUUACACCCCGAAGGAGGUGGAGGUGCACAACCGGCCCUGGGACCUCUGGGUCUCCUACAUGGGGCGGGUCUUUGACCUCAGCCCCCUGGCCGAGGCCUACAAGGGUGAUAUCUUAUUGAAGCCUAUCCUAGAAGCAGCGGGGAAAGACAUUACCCACUGGUUCAACCCCAAAACCAAAGACAUACAGACACACAUUAACCCUCUAACAGGAUGCCUCAAGUACUACACCCCACAAGGUCGCUUUGUGCACAUCCCACCUCCUCUGCCUCGUACAGACUGGGCCAAUGACUUUGGCUUGCCCUGGUGGAGAAAUAACAACUAUGAGGUGGGCAUCUUGUCUGCCAAAACCAGACGCAUACGGAUCAUCAACACUCUGACCUCUCAGGAACAUACCCUUGAGGUUUGUGCAGAGGAAUCCAUGUGGGAGAUCCUUCGGCGGUAUUUGCCCUUCAACGCCCAUGCGGCCAGCUAUACGUGGAAAUAUGAACGUGUCAACCUAGACAUGGAUAAGAACCUGCAGCAGAACAACAUUCCGGAUGAGGACGAGGAAUUCUACAAUCUCUACAUGGACGCUGAUGCUUUCACCCCAGCUAUCUUGCUCUACUUCAACGAUGACCUCACUGAGUUCUAGGAGGUGAUGGGACCAUAGAUGAUUCCUAUGCUUAGCACAAAAGAAAUGUAAGGAAUUCACCGGCUGCCAGUUUGCUACGUGGCCAAGUUCAAGGUGUUACUAAUAGUAUAUAAAGCCCCAAACAACUUGGGACCAGUUUUCCUGUGAGAUCACCUUCUACGUCCACACGACUGCUUGGAUCAGCAGAACUGGCACUGUUACAGGUGCCACAUAAUAUUUGUUUCACAUCUGUAAGAAAUGGAUCUUUUAGUAUGGCAGCACCCACAAUUUGGAACUUCCUGCCAGUCGCCAUCAGGCAGGUGCCUUCAUUAUACUCUUUUUUUCUCCUGCUAAAAACAUUUUUUGUUAGAAAAGCCUACCCAGAUACAUUGAAUGUUGAUAUGUUUUCAGUUUAGCACUGAUUUAAAUGUUUUAAAUAGUUGUUUUUAAUGGUUUUAACCAAUAAUUUUACUGUUUU